AUGGCUCUAAACAUAGCCUCGAUACGGGACACAAAAUGGCUGACCCUGGAAGUGUGCCGGCAGUUUCAGAGGGGGACUUGUUCACGCAGUGAUGAAGAAUGCAAAUUUGCCCACCCACCCAAAAGCUGCCAGGUGGAGAAUGGGAGGGUGAUCGCCUGCUUUGACUCAUUGAAGGGUGCUGUGGUGAUGCUGUGUUUCCCCACUGACUCGGUCUGGGAUGCUGUCCAGAGCUCAGCUUCAGCACCAGCAUCACACGCAGAAUCACACCCGCCCACACAGUUUCUCCUGCUCCGCUACACCUGCCUACGCACUCUUUCUCAGGGCCGGGGAGGCACAAGACACACUGACAAGAACUGCAAAUACCUCCAUCCGCCCGCUCACCUCAAGACCCAGUUGGAGAUCAAUGGCCGAAAUAACCUGAUCCAGCAGAAGACAGCGGCCGCCAUGUUGGCUCAGCAGAUGCAGUUUAUGAUCCCUGGCACCACCAUGCAGCCUGUGACGUUUCCAGUCAGCCAGGGCCUGGGCUCCAGCGCAGGCCUGAGUUACGCACCUUACCUGACUCCGAUGUCCCACAGCAUGGGCCUGGUACCCACCGACAUCCUGCCCAGUACCCCAGUUAUUGUCCCUGGCAGCCCACCCGUCUCAGUAACCACCGGCUCGUCAUCCAACCAGAAACUUCUGCGUACUGACAAGCUGGAGGUUUGCCGCGAGUUCCAACGAGGCAACUGCGCCCGUGGCGAGACGGACUGCCGCUUCGCUCACCCCAGCGACAGCCCCAUGAUCGACACCAGCGACAACACGGUCACCGUCUGCAUGGACUACAUCAAGAGCCGCUGCUCUCGCGAGAAGUGCAAGUACUUCCACCCCCCAGCUCACCUGCAGGCCAAGAUUAAGGCCGCUCAACACCAGGCCAACCAGACAGCUGUGGCAGCGCAAGCUGCCGCCACAGCUGCAGCCAUGGCGUUCCCCCACGGCGUCCUACAGCCCCUACCAAAGAGACAAGCACUUGAGAAGAGCAACGGAGCGAGCUCCUUGUUCAACCCCAGUGUUUUGCACUACCAGCAGGCGCUGGCCAACGCACAGCUCCAGCAGCCCGCUUUCUUUCCCACAGAUCAUCCUGAAGUAAGCAUGGGGAAGAGAAUGGAGUGUCACGAAGCCGCACUAGGAAACCCAAAACAGCCCCUCUGUAAAUACUACCUUGCCUCUCCCAUAGAGCUGUAUUUGUUAUAUAUUAACAGUUUAGUCUUUGUCCUGGAUUCGUUGGCUGCCGAACACGUCACUUUUUCCCAACCCCUCUCCUCCUCCUCUUCCUCCUCCUCCUCCUCCCUCUCCUCCUCCCUGUUUGCUCAUGGCACUAAUCACCCUCCAUAUCCUCCAGGAAAUAGUACCAUCCAUCCAGUGGAUGCGCUGACUCCAGAGGCGUGGAUUCCCAGCCCUGCUGUGUGGUUGAGGUUCGCACGCCGCCGCCUUAUUGCAUUAUGGAUGCCUCUGGAACGGUGUCCCUUCGAGAUAGCGUGGGAAUCUGCUAUGCGGGAGUACAAGGUGGUGGUGCUGGGGAGCGGCGGGGUGGGGAAGUCCGCCCUCACGGUGCAGUUUGUCACCGGGACAUUCAUAGAGAAGUACGACCCGACUAUUGAAGAUUUCUACAGGAAGGAGAUCGAGGUGGACUCGUCUCCGUCGGUGCUGGAGAUCCUGGACACGGCGGGCACCGAGCAGUUCGCCUCCAUGAGGGACCUCUACAUCAGAAACGGCCAAGGCUUCAUCCUGGUCUACAGUCUGGUCAACCAGCAAAGUUUUCAGGACAUCAAGCCCAUGAGGGACCAGAUUAUCCGGGUCAAAAGGUAA